AUGGGCGACAAAGAAGGAAGAAGCUCACGUAGAUUCCGAAGAAGUCAUUCAAGCAAAGUGGUCUACAUUUGCUCAUGCGAAUUGGGGUAUUUGUUUAACCGCAUAGCUCUUAUUCAGGCACUUCUUGAUAAAAGCCUUCCUCCCACGUUUUCGUAUAUUCGAAAAAUGAAGGAUGUUGUAGACUUACAUUUUACUGCUAAUCCAGACUACACAUCGAAAUAUGUUGGGGACUCCGGUGAUUAUUGGCAACAAGAUAUUCUUGGCGGAAAGUAUAUCUGCCCGAUUACAAAGGAGGCCAUUGGAGGAAAAACAAAGUUUUGUUAUCUGCGGACCUGUGGUUGCGUGCAAGCCUUGAGCGUCUUGAAGGAAAUCCCAUCCGAUAAGUGUUUGGUGUGUGACAAGCCGUUCACUGAGGAUGACGUAAUUGUGAUCAAUGGGAAUGAGAAGGAAAGAGAGGAGCUGCGGAGGAGGAUGGAGCUUCGCCGCUCAAAAGAAAAAAAGACGAAGAAGCAUCAUCAUUCCACCGAAAAAAAGGAAAAGCUGGAAAAGAAGGAUCCAUAA